UCUUCGCAAUAUGGCGUCAGCACUUGCGUAACACCUAGCCUCCACACUGGUUAAAUGCAAACCCUCUAUGAUCUGAAUCUCCACUGCUUUUCUGAGAAAAAUUGCAAGGAAGCCAUGGAAGCUCAAAACUCCAUCAAGGAUGAGAGUGUAUUCAAUGCAUUGCUGCAAAAAAGUAGGCCAUUGUUGGUGGAAACAUAUGAAGAUAUUGAUCCUUUAAUACCAAGAUGCAUCUCUGCUUUGAGAAGGGCCAGAGCUCCAGAAUGUUAUCAUAAGCAUGGAACAUUCUUCGACCAUUUGGUUGGAGUUUACCGUGCUCUAGAGUGCUGGAAUGUUCCCCACUCUGUCGCCAGGUGUGGUUUAUUUCAUUCUGCUUAUUCUAAUUCCAUUGUAAAUCUUGCCAUUUUUAAGCCAGAUAUAGAUCGGCAGGUAGUUAGAGACUUGAUUGGUUCAGAGGCAGAAGAGCUCGUUCAUAUGUAUUGUAUUGUGCCUAGGAUUGAGCUUACCUAUGACAUGGUUUUGGGGAAAUAUACUGAUAAGGAAUUGGUAGCAGAUUUGGAAGAAUCUGAGAAUUUCUUGAGUAGUUUUGAUGUGGGUAAUUGUUCAAGAUCCAUUACAUAUGAUGGAUGGAGGAAAAAAUUGCAGGGAGUGUUGCCUCCAGAGGGGAUUGUAGUUAAGCAUUUUAGAACUGGAGAUGAUUUGAUAAUACCAAGGAGAUUGGUUGCUCUGUUUUUGCUCCUUACCAUGGCUGAUCUGAGUGAGCAGAUGUUUGGUUAUGUGGAUGUUUUGUUUGAUAAUGAGAAUGGAAGGCUGGAUUCCAAAGGAAAUACAUGGAAGGCUCUGUGGCCUGGUGAUGGAAAACCAGGUCUCUGGAUGAAUGCCGUCUCUAGAAUGGGGGCUGUCUAUACUUUGAUUGCAAGGGAGGAAAAGAUUUUCAGGAAAGACGAAGAGAAGAAGUUUGGAUUUGAACAUAUAGAACUUACCAUUCCACCUGUCUUCAAUAACUGUACGACUGUGUUCAAUCCAUCAGAUCAGAUCCAGGCAAGAGAUUUGUAUUGGGAAGCUAUAUGCAAUAGGGGAGAUAAAACUGAUGAGGCAGAGGCUCUUCUGCUGAAAGCUUGUGUUCACAAUCCAUUUAUUGGAGAGCCCCACUUAGUUCUGGCUCAGAUUUAUUUGUCUGGAGAGAAAUAUGAGGAAGCAGAAAAGGAGGCUAAGAUAGGUUUGAAGUUACUGUUGGAAUGGGGAAGUAAUUGGGACAAAAGGACAAGUUGGGAAGGUUGGAUUUCUUGGGGUAGAGUUAUGCUUGACAAGGCCAAGGAGAAGACAUGGCCUAAAACUUCUUGGGGUAUUAUCAACUUGGGCUUUGUGAAUGAGGUUUAAGCUCAAAGUUCUUGAAGUUCUCAACUUUGCACACAGUUAAGUACUAAGCUACUAAGAUAGUUUGCAACUCUGCACACAGACAAGUACUAAGUUACUAAGAUAGUUUGCAAUUCUGCAGAGUCAAGUACUAAGUUACCAAGAUAGUUUGCAACUCUGCACACAGUUAAGCAGUAUAUUACUAAGAUAGUUUGCAACUCUGCACACAGUCAAGUAGUAAGUUACUAAGAUAGUUAAAAGACUUAAAGUCCAUCUCUGGCUCUUAAUUAGCAAAGGACGGGGGCUCUCUAAUAUCAAGAAAUUACAGAUAUGUACAGAGUUAAAGAGUUCGACAUAUAUCUACUGUCAUGUUACAUAUAUUUAUUAUUUCUAAAAUAAUAGAGCAGUCUGUGCAGUUAAUUCUA